GCAUUGUGAGGCGAGCACCUGUUGCCCUGGCAACUGACACCACUGAAGCGACAGGGACGGCUUGGCUUGUGCAAGAGAGCUCCUGUUUGGAGGAAUUCGCAACCUGAUUGUGAGGCAAGAUAGAUGUUUCAAUGCCCUCCCUGAAGACUGGACCCAAGGCCUGUGCCCUUAACUUUGCCUUAGAGAUUUCAACCUUAUUGGAAGCAGACCUCUAUGUCAUUUCUGACAAUUCCAACUCCAUGUCCUGCUCAACUUGGACCUGACCAUUUAGCACCAAUACCACAAUCACAGCCAUGGGACCCCCUGCCCACCUGUUGUCGGGUCAGGUAGGGGCAGAAAAAUGGCACAAGGAUACCCGUACAACAGUGCAGGACACCACCAAGCUGACAAAGUAUUGCGGAAAAGAGGCACUCGAUCUUUGGCGUCCUGUCCGAGCCCCAGGUGAGCCAGAAGAGACCCCAUAUGAGCGCAAGCUUAGGAAAGACUCAUGGAAAUUCAAGUUAGAUAUACUGGCAUCCGGAGAGGUGAACACAAAGCCACCUGAGGGGCCAGGAGUGACCCUGUGGAAGAGCAAAUUUAAACCACCCCCUUGGGUUACCAAGAUAGCCUUGUCCUGCUUCCGAGAUUUCACGAACACCAAGAAUAACGAAUUUGUGGCCCAGUACACCAGGGCAACUCGCCUGGUGGUGAGCCGUCUGCGCCAGGCCUUCAUUGAGAUCAACGAGCAGGUCAAGACACUGGUGCGUGUGAGAGAGCAGCUCGAUGCCACGCUGGCUAAAAUUCGCCAAAGCCUCAUUACCAACAAGCAGAGCCAAGCCAUCCGGGAGCACCGGCCAACAUCAGAGAAGAUAUCUGACAAGGUGGAUGCAUUGAUGAAAUGGGAGAAGGAGGAAUUUCUGAAAACAAAAGCCAAGCUAGAGGGAAUGAUGGCCAUGUCAGAAGAUCAUCUCAAGCAACUGGGUACAUGUCGGCAAACCCUAGACAUGCUCUGUGGGGAACGUGGCCGUGUGCUGGACCUGCUGCCGCAGCCUCUACGCAUGAUCCUUCUAGAAGCUGGGCGUGACUCCUGGCUCGGAUUGAGUCGGCCCUCAUCCCCCUGGGUAGAGCGAAAUCAAACACCCACUCCUGACCCCAUUGGACCCUUUACACCAGAAUGUGAAGCGGCUCUUGAGGAUGCCCGGCGCCUCACCUUCCUUUCCAAGGAUGUGUUGCUUAAGUUGCAGGAGGUCAUCCAUGAGGCACAGAACAUCCGCAAUACAGCCCACAACUCCAUUGAAAGCAGUCUUCAAGGCAAGAGGGAUGAGACUCUCUGUCACAAGGAGCGGUUGGACAUGGCUCUGGCAGGAACACGCGGCACCCUGCACCGCUGCCAACGUUUCCAGCAUGAGAUGCGGGUCACCCGGGGAAUGGCCCUGGGCCCGGAGAGCAGCAAGUAUCUUGAGACACGAGAGAAGUUGACACGGCCAGUGGUGAAGGUGUACCAAAGACAUGUGGGAACGCAGCUGCCUGAACCUGCAAUCCUCAACCAGUCCACUGCAGAGUUAGAUCGCUCCAUAGUUGAAACAGAGAAGAACAUCCAGCAGCUCCACGGUACCCGGCGUUACUUGCGCCAAUGCAUCCACGAAAAGCAGACAGGCUACGAAGUAGAUGGCAGCAUCAAACGCUUGCGGCAGCGCCGCAUACACCCCCGCACCUGCCUGCAAGAGACUCUUCAGCUAGUCUACACCUAGGAAGUGCAGCAAAUGAGUAGCGAGAGAAUGAAAAUGAAGAGCUGGAAACCUGAGACUGGCCCAGAAUAUUUUCUUCCCUACUGGGAAACAGGGAACAUACCUGUUCCAAAGAGAGCAAGAGAGAGGGCCCACACCAGAGGAAGUCUGGGGCAGGGCAGAUCAAAAACACACAGAGUAUUUAAAAGGACUAUCUGGUG